CUUAUGUUAGCUUAUACUGCUAGUUCCAAGCUUGGAUAAAGGGGGCGGUUGUAGAGUAGGUUGUCCGUUCAGACUAAAACUAGUCAAUUUAUCAAUCCUCAGCGAAUUAUGAAUCUUCACAGUAUUCAAAAACUAGGUGUUGUUGUUGUGCUGGGUUUUUAUUGAAGGUGAUGUCCGGGCCUGCGCACCUCGACUAUUCUUCAUUCUCCGUGUACCUACUACCAUGCACCAAUACAGGAUAAUUCUGCCUACCAAGUUUUAGACAGAGAGCUGUCAAGGACAGAGAGAGCACAGUGAUAUUCCUGGGAGAGAAAAAUGUUGUUUUUCUCAUAUUUCAAGGAUCUGGUAGGCAGAGAAGUGACUGUGGAACUGAAGAAUGAUUUGGCUAUCCGAGGAACAUUACAUUCAGUUGAUCAGUAUCUGAACAUUAAGCUUGAAAACACGAGGGUUGUUGACGAGGACAAGUACCCCCACAUGAAAUCAGUGAGGAAUUGCUUCAUCAGAGGAUCGGUGGUGAGAUAUGUGCAGUUACCUCCGGAUGGAGUUGACAUAGAACUUCUUCAUGAUGCUACAAGGAGAGAAGCUCGGGGUGGCUGAAAUCUGGACUUUGAAAUACAGUCCAUUUUCACGUUUUCAGUUGGAUGAAUCGGCAUAUACUGAUUUUUUCUAACUGUUCACUGUUUCCUUCUAAUUACUAGUAUGCACAGCUGUAAUGACUACUGCAACCAAUGAUGUGAAACCAGUGGAUAUGAAUGUUGACCCUAAGACAUUUCUCAGUCUUUUGACAAAAUUAAGAAUGUUAAAAACGCCCGAGAUCCUUCCGUAGUGCCACUUUUUUCGGGGAAAUGUUACCUACCAAUGGAAAAAUCGUUCUUAUGGACCAUACAAAUGUUCUAGUUAUAUGUCUAUCUUCAGGAGAAGUAAAAUAUGAGAUUUUUGGAGGAUCA